UUAAGCGCACCAAGUUGCCUGCCGCUUGGCCGAAUCGAAUCGUUUGCUCGUAGAUCUCGUAUUGGAGACUAUUACACAACUGUUUAACUAGUCAGUCAGAGCAGCCAGAGACACUUGGACGACCAUGAAUCUCCGUUAUAUUUGCACUCUUUCGCUGGUGCCCACGCUGUGCGUGCUCCUUGUGCUGCUGCUUGAGUUCGUCGAGGAGGGUCUGGCCCAGAAUGGGGACCCGCUCUUCGAUCUGCCCGUCCAACUAGUCGGCUUCCCGGUCAUAGUGCUCUCGGUACGCCUCUCGCAGUUCGCCAGGAAGCUGGCCUACUCCCUGAGUCCAAGCACCUACAGGUCGCGCAGCAGACGCGACACCGCCCACCCGCUGGCCCUGGAUGCUGAGUUGGCCCAGAAGCAGAUCUUGAGCGCAUUCGGGCCACGGGCCUGCAUCCUGGAGGAGCCGUGCCGUGUGCAUGCGUCACGUGCCUCGGGCGACGGCAGAGCCAAGCCGCAUGCCGCCUGGUCGGAGGUCUUGAGCAACUACAAAGUGCAAUCGAGCAACGACGGCGGAAUGAAACAAUGGUAUCUACUGUCGCUGUUCAUCGGGGAUGCGGUACGGGAUGUGCCGCUGUGCAAGCACCUGGCCAAGCGGAUGCCCUGUCCGGGCGUUGGACCCCUGCCGCCACCACAGCCGCGAUGAAGAGCCCAUCCAACCAUCCAUCCGGCUCCGCAUGAAGCUCUGGGGCGGAGCUGACUCCUCUGGGGACUCGAGGAGGCUGGAGACUGGAGGCUGGAGGCUGAGUGUGCGCCCGUAGUCAGUCACUCUGGACAUCUUUGUUAUACUCCAUCCACAUAUGUAUCUAUGCUCUAUGCUCUUUGUCCUUACUUCAUUUCAUCAUUCCGUUGUACCUUAGUCGCUUUUAAGGGUUUUAAUUUAAAUGAACGUCCGCCAACAGGCGGCAUGUGUAGGCGCUUAGAUUUACGAGUAAGCAAAUAAAUCAACAAA